UCACACUGUUGGUUUCCCAGUUGAACGGCUGCAAAAAAUAACAAUAAAUAGCACAAGAUGCAGAAAUAUGACAAAAUGGAGAAGAUCGGUGAGGGCACCUACGGCACCGUCUUCAAGGGGCGCAACCGCGACACAAUGGAGAUAGUGGCCCUGAAACGAGUCCGUUUGGACGAGGACGAUGAGGGUGUGCCUAGUUCUGCCCUGAGGGAGAUCUGCUUGCUGAAGGAACUGAAGCACAAGAACAUCGUCAGACUGAUAGAUGUCCUUCACUCGGAUAAGAAGCUAACCCUGGUAUUCGAGCACUGCGACCAGGACCUGAAGAAGUACUUUGAUAGCCUGAACGGAGAAAUCGAUAUGGCUGUGUGUCGCAGCUUUAUGCUCCAGCUGCUGCGUGGCCUGGCAUUUUGUCACAGCCACAACGUACUGCACCGUGAUCUGAAGCCGCAGAACCUGCUGAUCAACAAGAAUGGCGAGCUGAAGCUGGCCGAUUUUGGCCUGGCCCGCGCCUUUGGCAUUCCGGUGAAGUGCUACUCGGCCGAGGUGGUCACUCUGUGGUACCGUCCACCAGACGUUCUGUUCGGGGCCAAGCUAUACACGACGAGCAUUGACAUGUGGUCGGCUGGCUGCAUUCUGGCGGAGCUGGCCGAUGCCGGGCGUCCGCUGUUCCCCGGCUCCGAUGUGCUCGAUCAGCUAAUGAAGAUAUUCCGUGUGCUCGGCACACCCAACGAAGACUCUUGGCCCGGUGUGUCCCAUCUGUCCGACUACGUUGCGCUUCCAUCCUUCCCAGCCAUAACUUCGUGGAGCCAGCUGGUGCCGAGACUCAAUUCAAAGGGUCGCGAUCUGCUGCAGAAGUUGCUCGUCUGCCGCCCCAAUCAGCGGAUCAGUGCCGAGGCUGCCAUGCAGCAUCCGUACUUCACGGACAGCACCUCGUCAGGCCAUUGAGUGGGAUACUCCGCGACGAUGCAUGCGACUGUUUCAACGUACUUUGAUUAGCACUUAAGCCAGACUCUUCUCUCGUACUAGUACUAGUCAUAAUAAUUAUGCAUAAUGAUGUCCUCAGUACUUCACUUUAUAUGUGUGUAUGUGUAUGUGUACCGUAUUAAAUGUACGUCCCCGAAUGCAAUCAGUUUAAAUAAUUUACACGUUAAGUAUUUUAAGACCCCAAUUCUAUUGUAUUGUAUCUAGAUUAUUUCAAGUUUACUAGCGUAAUAAAUUGACUUACUCAGA